AUGCCAUCCUCAACGUGUGCUCCUUGCCUCGCCGGCAAGAAUCUUCAGAAAAGCUUUCUCAUUUUCGUGGUGACUUCGGCUGCUUUUCUUCUCUGGAGUCACACGAACCAAAUCAAAAGGUCAAAGGAAGAGGAGGAACGGAAUCGCAGAUUAGGAUCCAAUCGAGUCUUGAACACUGAAAUUGUGAGAAACACGGCGAUUGAGCAAUAUAAUGUGGGAAAGCCCGUUGCGUGCUCUCUCAUUCGAGCGGGCUUCAACCACAAUUACCUCGUUGAAAUGGGCAAUAAGAAGAAGUAUGUACUUCGAGUCUAUCUCAACGACAAGUACUACAUCAAAGACUCCAAUGAUUUCCGAUUCGAACUGGAUUUCAUUGACUAUUUGAUCAAAGAUCAUGGGAUUCCAACGGUACAGCCCAUCAAAGCAAAGAACGGCGACUGGUUAAGUCAAAUCCGGUUUGGAGAGCUACCCCAGGAAGGAGCAGCAAUAAAAACAACCGCAGCAACCAACAACUUCAUUCGGCACGCGGCACUUUUCGAAUAUGCUCCAGGAAUUGAAGUGGCGAAUAAUAAUAUGGAGUUGACACCUGCCCACUUCAAGAUCCUUGGAGAGUUGCAAGCUCGCAUCCACCAAGCCGCCGAUCAAUUUACUAAUCCUAACAAUCAUCAUCGGUACCAACAGGAUGUUUCGACAUAUCUUCUCGAUGAACCGCUCAAAACACUGGAACGAGAACUAUCCAGGUACAAUAUGCAGCAGCAGAUGGACUUUUUUAAGCCAACUGCUCAAGCCAUCCGCGACAAGGUGGCGAAACUACCAAAAGAGAAGCCAUACUAUGGUUUGAAUCAUGGCGACUUGCAUCCUGGUAAUAUGUUUUGGGAUGAUGCCACGCAGACGUUUACUGUUAUCGAUUGGGAUCAUUCGGCCUAUGGAUGGCGUGUCUAUGAUUCCGCAUCUAUGGUCAGCCCGAACAAGUUGACAUUCUUCUUGAUGGGCUAUGAAUCUGUGCGUCCAUUGUCGCUGGAGGAAAAGGAAGCGAUACCUCUGUUUAGGUUGCUCAGAGACAUUUGGGACUUUGGUGAUAUUCUCGCGUUUCAACCCUUGUGGGGAGAUGAUAAUGCCAGUGAUAAAAAUAGGAAGGAAGAGCUCCGUGGCUACCUCGAUCGGCUUCGUCGGGUUGCCACAGCUUUCGAAGAGCAGUACGGUGAUGGCAAAGCGGCAGUAAAUCAGGCGAACACGUUCUGA